AUGCUAGAGGCUAACGCAACGGCUAUUUCUCCUGAGCCUGCUCCGCUAAAAUGGACGUUACGCCUUUUAUACAUCUUUGUGUUUGUCGUGGGCAUUGCUGGUAAUGUGAUCGUGUGUGCUGCGGUGUUGAAACGCAAGCGUCUUCGAACGAGUAACAACCUUUUUACUUUCAAUCUUGGUUGUGCUGACCUUAUCGUUGUAACGAUUUACGUCCCAACACAAAUGACCGCUUUCGAGAAUGAACACAACUGGGCCUUGGGAGACAUUAUGUGUCGGAUUGCCUAUAUCAUCAUUCCACUAUGUCUGUCGGCCUCUAUUGGUUCUUUACUGGCCAUAACAGUUAACCGUUACCGCGCUAUAACUUCCCCACUGACGGCAAAACUGACAGAGAGAGGAAUUCAGGGGAUUAUCACUGGCAUUUGGGUCACGUCUCUGGUCAUAGCUUUGCCAAUAAUUUUUGUAGCGGGAGAAGAAAGGAGUAGUAGUGGACAGGUGUACUGCUCAGAGCCAGGCUGGCCCGAAGAUUCAGUAAUUGAUAAUGUUUAUUGGAUCUCUAUUUUUUUUCUUCAGUACAUUACACCUCUUGUUUUUAUAUGCGUUCUAUCGACCAUUGCUGCUUGUAAACUUAGAAGUGACGUCCUGUUUAAUACAAAAAGGGAAUCUCUUGUCAUCACAAAGGCUGUGCGAAAGCGAAUGCAGCAAGGUACUAAAAUAACCAAAAUGCUUUUCGCACUCGUAAUUAUUUACGCCAUUUGUAUGCUGCCCCAGCAUGUUGUGUAUUUUUGGAUGGAAUUUGGAAAUCUUAACCAGAUGGAAUUCAAAAUGUAUAUAUUCAGGUUUUCGAAUGUAUUCCCCAUGGCAAACUGUGCGUUAAAUCCCAUCGCAUAUGGGACAUUGAAUAAGGAGUUCAAAAUGGUUUUCAAGGGCCUUUUGAAACGUAAAUGGAAUUACAAGUCUACAAUUUGCUUCAGAUGGAAUGAAGAUCAAUAUGGCGAGGAUAUUAUCGAAGAGAAAGGCAAUUCAGUCAUCUCCCUAAAGGUGAUUUGACAUACAUUGGCUGAGUUAUUGAAAAAGUUCGAAGGAAGUAAAAGUGUUCUUUAGCAAAAUGAAAACCUAUGGUUUCCAUUUCAUAUCUGGAACAUAAAUCGAAAAAUUACCAUGGUAAUCAGAUUUAUCAAGGUCUUAUGCGUAUCGACCACUAGAUUUUUCUUGGAACUCAAUAUAAGCCGAACAAUAAAUUUUAGCAUUUAGUUUUGUUGAGUGAUAUAUCACUUGAUCGAUCUUAAUUCGAUUUUAAUUGAAAUUUAGUACGAAAGCCAAGAUUAAGCAAAUCUUUUCAGCUGCGUUAGGGAUUAUACCUACAUAAGAGAGCUUUACUAAGGUAAAAUAACUGUGAUGAAUAGAAAUAACUUACCGCUGAGGAAAAGAGUUCAAAAAGUGUGUCUAUCGGUUACCAGCUGCUGUCGUUAUCUGCAGUCAAUGUGUACAGAUUGAAUGAAAACUUCAAAUUUUAAUGUUAUAUCUUUGGACCCCGAACACAUCA